UGAUUCCAGUUGUUUUCACAUCCCCUCACUAACAAAGAGACUCAGAGCUGCUGUCUCUUACAUCUCCGGGUAAAUGUGUGGAGUGGUGCGCAACUAACGAUUGACGCCCCUGUACAUCGAGGCGAGGACGAAGAAGUAAAGAGCAGAAAUACACCUUGCUUUCAAGAAGAGAAAUUAGGGUGAGCGUUUGAAAAGCUUCAGGCAGACUUGAUUGAACGUACAGAGCGAAAAUGGUGUCGGCCGGACUGGAGAUCCUGGGACUAUCUCUGUGCGUAAUUGGCUCGCUCCUGGUGAUGGUUUCCUGCGGGCUGCCCAUGUGGAAGGUGACGGCUUUCACUGAAUCCAACAUCGUGGUGGCUCAGACAUUCUGGGACGGCUUGUGGAUGACCUGCGUGGUGCAGAGUACGGGCCAGAUGCAGUGCAAGGUGCACGACUCCGUCCUCGCCCUCAGCCGCGACCUGCAGGCGGCCAGAGCGCUCACCAUCAUCUCCUCUGUUAUGGGCGUGCUGGGGCUCAUGGUUGUCAUUGCCGGGGCGCAGUGCACCAACUGCAUCCGCACUGAGUACGUCAAAGCCCGGGUGGUGAACGCCGGAGGGGUCAUCUACAUCAUCAGCGGUCUGUUUGUGCUGGUGCCUCUCUGCUGGAUGGCCAACAACAUCAUAUCGGACUUCUACAACCCGCAGGUGCCCGCACCCAAUAAGAAGGAGAUCGGCGCUGCGCUCUACAUCGGCUGGGCGGCCUCAGCGCAGCUGCUGAUCGGAGGAUCGCUGCUGUGCUGCUCCUGUCCUUCCAGCGCGAACUCGGGUUACUCGGUAAAAUACUCACCGACCAAGAGAGCCACGCCGAACGGGGACUAUGACAAGAGGAAUUAUGUGUAGCAAUGUGGCCCAUAGCAGGCGGUGCGUAAAAGUGACCUGCGGCUUCUGAAAAACGUUUGUUUGUUUUUUUGACGGAUAUUAUCUUUGCACCUGCAGUUUUUGAUUUUUAGAAAUCUGAACUUUACACGCUCGGACCACAAAUUCACAAAUACUUUUUUGUAUCUACAGGAGAUUAAAAAAAGACUAUCAACUACAAGAGGUAGCUCACGACAAAAAGGAGUAUCUUUGUUAGGUACCUGCUCUUGUAAGUUUUCGAAAAUUGUUAGUAUUUUGAAUUGUUUGCCGUUGUAACAGCAACGUUUUUAUUUUCUAUGGAAACUCUCGCCAUCGACUCCAUACACUAUUCUUUUACCUUGAUGUGCAUUGUCAGCACAAACUUGUACAGUUAAUGAGAAUUAUUGCACUCCCACACAUUCAAAGACCCAUUUCCUUUAGUGGAACUGCGCCGACAUGUUGGGGACUCCAACAGUGUCCAAUAGCAAUAAAGAGCAAAGAAGAAAAGCGUAGACAUGUUAAAGCCUUAAUAAAUCUCGGACAGGCUUUUAUGUUGAUGGCGGAGGGUUGGCGGUCUAAUUGUGGACCUGUAGAGCCCGGAGAGGCUGGGAUCUACAGGUCGCAACAUAAAUUUGUUACAGUCCGUUAUUCGGCUGCACUGAGCACCUGUAACGUUUUUUCCAUCAUUGUCACUGCAGGAAGUUUUUUCUUUUCAAAACAUUCUAGGAAUAAACUUUGUUUUCUGUUGUUUUGUUGACGUUUGAUGUAAUGAUUCAUUAUUCGUGUAUAUGAAGAUGCAAUAUUGUUUCAUUUUUAUUAAGAUUAAACUGAAUAUAUUGUCUGAAAUCUUUA